AUGAGGGACCGGGCUCUCAUCAAACGCCGAACCACUCGGGGAAUGACUCGGAAAUCGGGCGUGCUGUCGACGUUCCCGCUGGACAACCUGAUGACCGAGGUUCACCGACUACUGGGACCAACUUGGGUCUUGCCUCCGUACAAUAAUCUACUGCCGUCCUUUUUGAAGCCGCCGUCGCCGCAAUUGGAGCAGGGUGAUGUUGAUUAUCUCAUUCGGAAGGGGGCGUUUGAUGUCUUGGAGCCGCAUGUUGCAAGGGAGUUCUUCAAGGCUUAUAUUCGACAUGUUCAUCCGCAUGUACCGUUUCUCAAUAUAGAUCUUUUUAACGCCCUGAUUAAUGGUCAAAGAGCGGCUUCUCGAUUUGGGGGCCACAGGGAGGAGAAGGUCAGCUUGCUCCUUUUCCAGGCGGUCAUGUUUUCUGGUGCUUUCUUCGUUGAUAUGCAUUAUCUGUAUGCUGCUGGGUUCCUGUCAAGGCGGAAUGCAAUGGAAACGCUUUUUGGGAGGGCAAGGGUGUUAUAUGACCUCGAUGCCGAGGACGACAAGCUCGCCGUGAUCCAGAGCCUUCUCCUCAUGACCUACUGGUAUGACUGCCCAGAAAAACACAAAAAUGGUCGCCACUGGAUAGGAGUCUGUGUGUCACUCGCAUACAAGGCGGAGCUACAUUUGGACUAUUCGGGACAUCCAGAUUGGAAUUUCCGAAAGGUGUUAUGGUGGAGCAUCUUCACUCGCGACCGACUGAUAUCCCUCGGUUUGCAACAGCCUCCCAUCAUCAAAGAGCAACUGGAAUCAGCGGUCCCAACAAUUAAACUCGGCGAGGACGAUCUUGUCACACCAGGACUGCGACCCAACAUCGGACCAAUCUACUACGGCGAACACCACACCAAACUCGCCCAAAUAUUCGUUGAGAAAAUCAAACUUGUCUCCUGUAUCAAAGACGACUUAUUCUCCUGGAGCCAGUCCACAAAAGCCACAUCAUACGCAUCACAACCUCGAAGAUCCUGCCUCUGGCUCUCAAAGCUAGAACUGGAAGACUGGCUCCGAGAACUACCGAGCGGCAUCUCAUUCCGCUCAAUACCAUUCGUAACCAACCAGACCGACCUCCUCCUCUACUCGCACUGCGCCUGGCUCAAGAUGGUCUACCUCGAAAUCCACAGCACCCUCCACCGCCAACUCGACUUCCUCUCGGAACAGUACAGUCCCCGCCAACAACUCUCCCUCGACGCACCGGAUUGCCCUGUCCUAGUCAGCGCCAUCGAUUUCACCGCGAUAAUUCAAGAUCUCUAUGAAAAACACCUCAUCUCCUACCUUCCGACAACCAGCGUUCCCAUGAUCCUCCGCACUGGCAUCAUUCAUAUCCAGGAGGCCUUCGCUUCCUCUUCAGCAACUUGGACGAAGAUACGGAUCGGCUCUUUUUGUCGCUUCGCUGUUUGGUGCACCGAGUGGAAGCUCGGUUGUUACUGCGUCGCCUAG